UGCAGCAAAACGCGAACAGCGGGCUGUUUCAAGAAGGAAAACAUUGAACAAAUGUCACUUUUCCAGACGCGCUAGGUCCAUCAGGAUCGAGAAAUUUGGAGCAUCAAGAUAUUUAUAUGAUCUCUGGUCUUCAUCAUGGAGAACAAGGAAGAAUUCAUCAUGCGAUCGCUGUCGGCUUUCCUAAAGAAGCAUUCUGAGGAGGCCUCGAUAAGUUCGAUAGAUGAUAUUGUCCUGAGCUACAUGGUCAGCAUCCUGGAGGACCUUGGUACCCCAGAUGCAACCGAGGAGUCCUUCGAUGUGGACAGCUUCUCAGAGAUGAUGGAUGCAUACUUGCCGGGAUUCUGCAAUAUUAAAUGCAUUGAUGUCUGCGAGUGGAUGUUUGAACUCGCUUCCCAAAUGUCAGAUAAUCAUCGAGAGAAGGAGAACAAGCCUCCAAUUGAGACGAGACUUAGCGACAUCUUGAAAUCACCCCCUCUAGCGAUCGUCAAUGGUAACGAUAAGUCUCACACAACAAGAUCUCGCAAGUGUAGCGGAACCAGUACCACAUCAUCGGAGAUUUGCUCAAGCCCUCUGGUCUAUCUUGAACCGGAUAGUCCAAGAUCAUUUAAGUUCCCGGAUGGCCACCUCAGCGAUGACGCCUCUGUUGACGAUGAACAGGUGGAGCUUCUCCUGGAUAUGUUCCCCACAUGUUGCCGGAUAGAAGUGGUCCACUGCCUUGGUGAGGCGCAGGGGGACGUCGAAGCAGCUGUUCAACUAUUGAUACGAAAUGAGGAGGCCAGGGAGGGGUUGGCACAGAGUAUGCCAAAAAAGCCUCACAAAGUUGGCAAAAAGAAGAGUGAUACGUCAAAGGAUGAUAAGAAGAUGAGAGACAGCAUUCUCCAGAAAUAUUCGUAUGUUGAUCUGGAUGAUGACAAACGCACCUAUCGACCUCCACCUCAGAAGACGGGCCCUAAGAAGUUGGUGCGCUACCUUGAGGGAAAGGUCGUCUCCACCAAGGGCGAGCGCUUCACGGAGGUCAAGAAGGAGGAGGAGGAGCGCGAACCUAAGAAGAAAGAGGCCAAACAACACAAGGUGCGGCACUGACAAUUAUGGUUCCCUAAAAAGGGAAUUGGCUAGGUAAGGUGUUCCUGGGGGUUGCCUCACGGGCUGGUUUUCUGUCUGUUGUAAAGUACGGUAGGGAAUCCUUUGCUGUACGUGGCAGACGUUGAAGGGUUUCUCUCAGUCCGGCUUUGUCGCUUACAGUUGUGUACAAACUGAAGUAGAGUUCAUUCGGUUACAGGAAAUUUCGUCUAAAAUUUUACUGGGGGACGACUUUUCCUUGGGGAAGAAUUUUCCGGGUAAAUUUUCUUUGGGGGCGAAUUUUCCAGGGAAGAAUUUUCCUAGAGCCGUUCAUUCAUAUCACCCAAUGUCUCGAAGGUAUUUUCAUAGAACAGGUUUUGUUAAAGGGGCACUGUAGGCAGCAGCUAGGUAGGCCAGAUAAAGUUUCACAAAGUCGCCAAUAGGGGUCUCUCACAUCUCACAGUACAUCUAAACUAUUCACGCUUGUAUGAGGAAUAUGUUAAAUGCUUAAUCAAACUUGACCUGGUGCCAUUACUCUGCAUAUCAGUCACCCGGAUAUGACCAAUUAACCCCUCCCCUGCUGCUGCCUAGAGUCGCCUUUAAAGGCCUACGCUGUUCGUUAAAAAUUUUGCAUUUGUAUUUGAAUUUAAAAAUGUCUAAUUGCGGAAAUACAUACUGAGGAUAAAUUUCAACAUUGCCUUUGUUUAGACUGGUAUACAAAUACUAUAAAUACAAAGUUUAAACAAAUUUGUAUUCAUAAUAACUGCACUACGGCAUUGUGUGUUAGUGGAUUUCUAUUUAACUGGACCACAAGUAAUUAUGAACGUUGUAGGCCUACCCCUUAAAGAGUUGAAUUGAGCUCUGAGAUAAUGAUCAGACUAUUGUGUCACAUCGCAAGAGAGAAUACUGUUUAUCUAAUCAGUUUUUGCAUAAUAAAUAAUUCAGAAGAAAACGAUUCGUUUGCUCAGCAGUAUAGUUUAUGUGAGUAAAUACAGUAUGUUCCAAAAAAAUUAUUUUUUGAAGAACCAGGUACUUAUAUGAGGGUUAAAGUGCCUGCUAUGUUGCAACAAUCCAGUUCAGUUCAUUCUGUGUGCCAUUUUCGGUGGUACAUUUACUUAUAACACUUUCAGCGCCAACCGAUAUAGAUCUGUGUCACUUUUAUGGCCCAAAUACCCCCCCUUCAGCUGCUCAUUAUUUCUCUCAAGGCUUCAACGUUAACACAACACAAACGCCAUCUUCAUGGUGGUGAAGGAACUGACUCAUUCAAUGUAUAAAAAUCUAUUGUACAGAGAUUCUGACUUCGAAAAAAUUUCAAGGGGGUCGGGGAUGUCUGAUAAGGGGGUCAGUUUGGUCACUUUUCAACCAGAAAAAUAUAGUACAGCUAUCUUUUCUCUGCCAAUUCAGCAAACUUGGGUCUUGGGGAAGUUAUUGCCAAAAAACCCAAACUUAUUGAGUUAUCUCUGAUCAAUUUUUUUCCUGGGGGUCUGAAAAGGGGUGUUUGGGGGUGAAACUUUGGCGCUGAAAGUGUUAAUAAUCAGAGAGAAAAUGAUGUUAUCUUAUCUACCUCGUGUUGUAUUUUGGUUGGACUGAGAGAAUUCUUUGCGAGUUGUUCAAGGAAACUUGUUACUGCUUGUUUUGAAGUUUUAAUCCGCUAGGUCGACGUAUGCUUCCAUUGAAGUCUUGUGAAUGAUAUUGUUCUUUCUGACCUUGCAGAAUUUGAAUCUCGUAAUACAUGUAGGUGUAGUUUGUUGAAUUUCAUCUAGAUGUCACCACCCUCUUACUUUAGGAGAAUUUGUUGUCCGUAUCAUAAUCACAAGUUACGUUACUGUAAACCAGGAAAAAAUAUGCGCGUCUAUUUUAUUUUGCGAUUUCAUGAUAUUGCACCUUUGGCAUAUUUAAAGUGCAGCGUUAUGACACCUCUGUAACCAUAUUUUCAACUAGACUUUUAAUUUCACAGCCAUAUAUUUCCAUGAUUAUCUUUAUACCUGAAAGUAAAAGAUACCCAAACAUUCCUAGAUUUUCAGUAUGUCUGCACUUGGUGACUAAAGCUAGUAUUUGUUUCAAGGGAAAUUGUUGUAUAAUUAUUUGGUGCUAAAUUUCAACCAUUGACAAAUAUAUUUCUUGCUCGGCACACUAUGUUUAUCAGCCGAUAUCACAUGUCUUAAAAAACACUUGCAGAUCAUCUUGGUCUUAUGUCUGAAAUCAUGAUAAAUUCAAAUUCACUUUCUGUUAAAAGUCUUAAGUUUAGGUCGGGUAUUGUAAUGAUCAAAGGAGGUACCUUUUGAGGGGAGGCCUAGUGACCCCCCCCUUCCAUCUAGGGGAUUGCCAUCUUUGACCCCUUUUUCAGGUACUCAGUUUUUGUACCAAAUUACCACUUUAAUACAUUAAUUUCACCAUAGUUUCAUUAUCUACGAGGUUUUAUGGCCAAUUUUUUCUCAUGGAUUUUACACCCUAGUUUUGAACUCACAAUGACCCCCUUAACCUAGAUAAUUGGAAGGGGGGCAGGAGGUACCUUAACUUUAAAGAAAUUUGUCUUAUUCGCUGAACCAAUUCACAAAAAAUUGCCGAUAUUCAAAUUCUCGAGUCUUGUUUUUUGUCAAAUUUAGAAUAAGAAUGUACUCAUCUUGUAUAGCAUAACAUCAAGUAGCUUUGUAUUUAUUUUGUUUUACGUACUGUAAUUUAUUCUCUUUUAGAAUGAUCUAAUAUAUUCAUGUCUUGGUGAACAACUCUCACUGUGUCUUUUUGUUACAACUGGGUAGUUACCAAACAAAAUUUGAUUUUUUUAUCACUUUAAUGGAGUUAUUCUGAAUUUUAUGUUUGAAAGUUGUCAAAUUUGUUCUCUUUAUGAUAACAAGCAUGUACUGUAAAACCAGUCAGGAGCUGUUAUCAGUUCUUGGACAGGACAACCAAGCCUCUGAGUUGAUGUUUCUGGCAUACAGAAUGUGAAGUUACCUGACAGUAUAAAUAGAAUAUGAGUUUUUACAUAGUUGUACAGCUGCAUUGUCUUAAAGGAAAUUUUGUACAAGCAAUAAAAUGCCCUUCCCGCCCGAGUUGGCAUCAAAGUGAUUGAUGCGUCAUCAAGUCAUACGCGAGAUUCUGAAUGGUAUCCUAUUGCUGGCCUGUCCACAUGCUCAGCAGGCCGUGUCUAGCUCACUGAUCUGCGCCGGAACUAAUAAGGAAACGAGAAGUUUCAUUUUCACCACCCUAGAAAAAGAAGGCCGAAAUAGUUUCCCUUUGAGGCACUUCAAAUUCAUUUCCCGGCCUGAGCUACAUGUAAAAUCAAACCUCAGUGCGGCAAGCAGGCGGAAUAAAAAUAUUAUCAAUUUUUGGGUUUUAAGCACAAGAGAAAAUCUGUUGAAUGAAUAAUUAAAUUGGUAUGGCCUAAGUAGUAUUUGGGUUUUAAGCACGAGAGAAAUCUGUUAAAUGAACAAUUAAUUGGUAUGGCCUAAGCAGAAUUUGCAUCUGAUAUCUUUGUUUGUAGUACUUGAUGUUGUGGUUACAUUUUGCAGUAACAAGUCAAGUUGUGACUUAUUGUUUUUGGUUUGAGAAUUAUCAAACCUCAAUCUGUUUUCGUUUGAUCUCAUUCAUACCUUAUUGCAUUUAGGAGCAUUUAUCAAAUGCAGGGAAGGUUUUUACGGCACUGUAAAAAGUCUCCCGGGCUACUUUCAUGGCAUACCGUCAACCGGAAAAAUUAAGUCUAGUGACUCUGUCUUCGGCCACAGAGUCCUAUGCAGGGUACUCCUGUUUCACACCCAGUGGGGUCUUUUUCCUUGCCGUGGCAUUGACACCAGAUACAAGGAACCUCGGUUUCACGUCUCAUUUGCUAGACUGUGAAAAGCCAGGAUUUUAGUUCCCAGAAGGCCACGCCGGUUCUUCCAGAAAUAAAACCCCGUGCUCUUCUCGGGAUUGAACCAUGGCCCUAUUGCUUGGUAGCCAACAGAGUUAACCACUGGGUUGUGAGGCUCCUUCAUGGCCCUAUUGCUUGGUAGCCAACAGAGUUAACCACUGGGUUGUGAGGCUCCUUCAGAGUGCAAACAACCUGUCAUUUGUUUCAACCUUGUUAGUGAUGCUGCUGUAAUGAGCAGCGCAAAAAUAAUAAUCCUAAGUUCUUGGUACUGAAUAUAUAUGUCAGGAUGUGGCAUAGAAAUAGCUAGGGAGAGCCAAUUGAAUUUACAGUACCGCAAAGGUUUUCCGUGCUAUAACAAAGUGUUCAAUAUUUGUUGUGUAAGUGUAAAUGUAACAUUUUAAUACUUUUUAUUGCUUUUUGUAAAAACCAUGGUAAUUUAUGUCAUAAUGUACUGUACAGCUAGUGCUCGGUAGACUUUGUGUAGAAUGGUGGUAUUGUGUUCUUGUUUGACAUGUGUGCAAUAAA